CGAUGAUGGUGCGCCCGCAGAGUUCUUGAUUCCCAGGGUUGAACGAAGAGGAAUUUGACUUUGGGAAGUUGGGGAAAGUGCCAGAUGAUGGGAAUGCAUGGAAGGGCACGAAAUGACACAGAAGAAGGGGAGAAAAAAGCACAUACCACUGAGUGGAUCAAGGCUUGAUUGCAGGAGAUCUGCAGCAAGAAUAUUAUUAUUAUAAGUAGACUGGUGCUUAUUCAUCGCCGAGACAUGAAAAAAAAAAUUGCCGGGUUGCGGUGGAAGAGAACUGAAAUGAUGCAGAGAAGGAGCGGCGAAAUGCCGAAACAAGCAGACAAUGGAGGCAUGGAUUUCUCAACGCACCUGAUUUACCCGCGAUACGCGUUAGACUCCAGCACGAACCAUUCACCAGUUCAACGGGGUGAAUCUCGUAAGUUGCACAGAGAAAGGGGUGGGGAUUAUAUAUAUCAGGCACCCGAUAAGAGAGGGGUAAUGGUUGCCAGGCACAAAGGGACUGAGGGGAAUGUCAGUCGAGAGAAAGUCAGAUACCGAACGACGAGAAACCGCCCGCUUUUAGAUGCAGCCAGGACCGAUGGGCAGCAAAGACUGAUGCCCAUAAAUCCGGACCAGCAAUACGGGAUCCAAUCCCCUCGACUCGCUACCCCAUGGAUCAUCCACCUGAAACAAUCCAGCCUCACUCCAUGUAGUCCCGUUCGCGAUGCGAACCACCCGUCUCUGGCAUUAAUAUCGGAUUGCAUUUUGGGAGCAUAGCAUGACGUAAUUGACUCAUUCAUUCAUUGUUUGCUACCGAUGACAUUAAAAUCUGCUGAGCAAGAAGCAGCAUCUCCACGAAGCAGCGCCGGGAAUCCAUUCCCGAAUCCCGGGCCUUGCCCGUUUUGGCCCAAGAAAAGCCCCACGACCUAUGAAAUCACAUUAUAUACACAA